CGAGAGGAGCGCCUAGAGCGGACGGCCCGGCCCGCCGCUCCGCCCCGCCUCUUCCCGCCUCCUCUGUCCCGGAAGUUGAUGCCGAGCGCCCGCUCGCGUGCUGUCACUAGGGGAGUAGCCAGAACCAGCGAGAGGCGCCGGGCUCGCGGACCGCCGACAUGCCCUUGGCUAGAGAUUUACUCCAUCCCUCUUUGGAGGAGGAAAAGAAGAAACAUAAAAAGAAACGGCUAGUUCAAAGUCCGAAUUCUUAUUUUAUGGACGUAAAAUGCCCAGGUUGCUACAAGAUCACCACGGUUUUCAGCCAUGCCCAAACAGUGGUUCUUUGUGUAGGCUGUUCUACAGUUUUGUGCCAGCCUACAGGAGGGAAGGCCCGACUCACAGAAGGCUGUUCCUUUAGAAGAAAGCAACACUAGUGACCCACACAACCUCCUGGAUUUGUGUUCUCACAGAAAGCCUUAUCAUAAGUUCAGUGAUUCUAGUGAAUCUACUAAGAUAAUGUAAUUUUGUUUGAUUUUAUAAGGUAUACAAGUUAUCCCCUAUUUUGAUGUCAGUUUUUCAAUAAAGUUUUGAUUAUGGGCAAAUCCUCUCUUUUUUUUUAAAUGUGUGUGAGUGUGCCAUGUAUAUGCUGUGUGAAUCUGCAUUAAAAAUUUAAAAGUGUGUUCUGGGCCAGUGCUGUGGCGCAGUGCAUUCCAUAUGGGUGCCAGCUCAAGUCCCAGCUGCUCCACUUCCUGUCCAGCUCCCUGCUAAAGUGCCUGGGAAAGCAGCAGGAGAUGGCCCAAGUGCUGCUUGGGCCCCAGCACGCUCCACAUGGGAGACGCAGAAGUUGCUGACUCCUAGCUUUCGUCUGGCCCAGCCCUGGCUGACGCUGCCAUUUGGGGAGCAAACCAGCAGAUGAAGAUCUCUCUCCCUCCCUCAAACUCUCUGAAAUAAAUCCUCAAAUUAAAAA